AUGGCGAUUGCACCGGACAAAACAGAUAAUUUUGAUGAUAUAUUGACGUGCACCGUCUGUUUGGAGACCUUUAAAUGUCCAAAAUAUUUACCAUGUCUCCAUACAUUCUGCACGGCAUGCAUUAACACUUACAUUUUAUCGACCGUAGGGGAGGAGAAAACUAAAACGACCUUUAAGUGUCCAAUUUGUCGACAGGAUGUUUUGAUGGCAGAGUCGACAGGUAAUCCCGAUACCUGGGCUGAACAAUUACCAGGCAAUCAUUUUGUUGCUUCAUUGAUGGAUAGACAAGCAAUAAGAAGAAGUGAAAAAAUAUGCGACUCUUGUAAAGCGAACAACGAAUCGAAAAAUGCGUCAUCUUGGUGUGUUGUAUGUGAAGAGGCGUUUUGUGAAUCUUGUGAAAAAUGUCAUAAAUCGUUUAAAAUGUCUGCAAAACAUCCUAUCGUAUUGCUGAAGGACAUUGUAACUGACAAAGAACCGGUAAGCAUUUCUUCAUUGAUAUAUUGCGAAGAACAUUCAGGGGAGGUUAUAAAGGCUUACUGCAUUGAUCAUUCGAAACCAUUAUGCACAUUGUGUGCCACAUUGUCGCAUAGGAAAUGCGAAGAUGUCAUAACAAUCGAGAAGGCAGCUUCGGGUAUAAAAAAAUCGGAAAAAGCAACUGAAUUGUCUACAGAACUGAAAGAAACCAACAAACAGCUGUCCGACUUAAUACAAAGCAGAAAACACCUUACAACCGAUUUUGAAAAAGAGACUGAAGGUAUUCUUACUAAAAUUAACACCAUUAAGGAUAACAUUAUCAAACAUUUAAACAAAAUUGAAAAUCAAAUUAAGGACGAUAUUAAAUCUCUGAAGAAGGAAGCAGGUCUAAAACUUUCGGAACAAUCACAAGAACUUGAGAGUGUGAAGAGUACGGUUAAUAACUGGACUGCUAUCUUUGAUACCUGUUUAAAACAUGGAUCCGAAGUACAGUGUUUACUAGAACUGAAUAGAAUUACAGAAAAUAAGGUGAAAUUUGGUGAUGUGUUUUCUAAAGGGAUAAGUGAAAUGUCGAAUGUUUCCAUGAUUUUUGAGACAAAUGAUAUAGCAGAGAAAUUUGCAGAAAGAGUCGCAGCUAUAGGAGUUGUUAAACUAGUUAAAACCAAAGCAAGUGUUCCAAAGUUAUCGCCCGGUAAAAACGUAAAUUUUCGUAUGGGAAAUAUAAAUGUUAAUAAAGUUAUUGACCUUACUGGAUCGUAUGUCUAUCUAAGUGGUCUUUUUUUGAAAGAUAUAUUUGUCUUUACUCAUAGUAAAUCAUCCAAAGUCUUAAAAUAUAAUCACAACGGAGACUCUCUCGCUGAACUUAAGCUACCAAACCAACCAUACGAUAUAGGUCUAAUGAAUGACACAACAGCUGCUGUUUCAUCAAGUUCUAAGAUGUUUUUCAUCAUCAACACACAUUAUAUGACACUGUGGCAUAAAAUUGAUAACACAUGUGAAGUUCAUGGAUUCUGCCAUGUCAAUGGGGAAUUUAUUCUUGCAUUUAAUAAUACUUUAACCUGGAUUAACUCAUCAACUGCUGUCAGAAAUAAACAAGCUACGACAAACGGAGACACCUAUCUAAUCUAUGCACAAGACCGAAACAAUUACAUUUGUGGAGAUGGAAAAAAUCAGAUAUCUAGCAUAAUGAAUGAUACGAAAGUCUUUACUUACACAAGUGAUAAACUUCUAAACCCGAGAGGUGUAGACAGAGAUUUUGAUAGUAAUAUCUAUGUUUGUGGACCUCAUUCAAAAAAUAUACACCAACUAAGUCACGACGGCAAGCUGGUAAGACUUAUUCAAGCCCAAAGUAUCGGAAUAGAAAAACCAUGGGUUAUACGGUUCAAGAAAAAUAGCAACCAGUUCUUUGUAACCUGCUUUGCAACGGGGAAAGUUGCCGUGUGCGAAUUUGUUUGA